AUGGUCGAAUUCCAAAUCGUGUCUGACUUGCAUCUGGAAAAUCCAUCUGCCUACGAUUUCUUCGAGGUCACCCCCCACGUGCCAUACUUGGCACUUCUGGGUGACAUAGGGGUGGUGGAGGAUACAGGAUUUUUCACUUUUGUUGAAACUCAACUCGCCCAGUUUCGAGUGGUCUUCUUACUGUUGGGAAAUCAUGAACCGUGGCAAUCAUCAUGGCCUAAGACAAGACUGAAAAUAUCCGAGUUCUCUGACUCGGUCAAGAAAGGACGGGAAUCGAAUGAUGCUGAGGAAAAGCCUCUGGGCGAGUUUGUUUUUCUCGAUCAGACUCGACACGACAUUUCUCCAGAUGUCACAAUCCUGGGAUGUACUCUAUGGUCCAACAUUGCCGAAGAAUACAAAGAGCGCAUCAGCUUUGGGAUAAACGACUUCUAUUAUAUCUCCGACUGGGAUGUUGAAGAUCACAUCAGCCGCCACAGAGCAGAUCUGGAAUGGCUUAAUAGCCAGGUUGCGCAAAUUGCGGCUUCUGAACCAGAACGGAAAAUUGCCAUCUUCACACACUACAGCCCUGUCACAACCGAUCCACGUGCGGCUCAUCCAAAUCACAGUAAUAGCCCUCUAUCGUCGGGAUUCGCAACGGAUUUUUCUGGGGAAGAAUGCUGGACCAAUCCUCAAGUGCGCCUUUGGGCAUUUGGGCAUACUCAUUACAAUACUGACUAUACUGAGGAAACGACCGGGAAGCGGGUUAUCAGUAAUCAGCGGGGGUACUACUUUUCCCAGGCUGCCGCAUUUGAUGCGGAGAAGGUCUUUCGUAUUUAA